AUGGACAACAAAAAUGGAUAUUACACAAUUGUUGCACCAUUCACCAUACAAUCGGGCCUGGAUUAUGCUGUCACCAUAACUACUUAUCAAAUUCUGGAACCUGUCACCAUUAAAAUAACAAUCGCUGGCCCUACAUAUUCCGACUUUAAAACCAUUCAUGUCCUACCAUGUACAUCGGAAAUUGUAAAUUUCAAAAUACCCGCAUUUCUGCAAGAAGACCAAGGCCAAUAUAAAUUGCUAGCAGAGGGCAUUCAUGGUUUAACAUUCAAAAAUGAUGCAACAUUAUUUGUGGCAAAUUAUAGACCUAAACUAUAUAUACAAACCGACAAAGCCAUGUAUAAACCCGGUGAUUUGGUACAAUUUCGUAUUUUGGCUUUGGAUGAAAAUCUACGGCCAGCCAAACUCCAGCAACCGCUUAAUUUUGCUAUACGAGAUGGUGCCGGAAAUCAAAUUACAUAUUUAAAGGACAUCGAAUUCACUAAAGGUGUCCAUAGUGGAAAAUUCCAGCUGUCAGAACAGCCAGUACUGGGACAUUGGCAUAUUGAUAUAACCACCGGCGUGGAAAAUAAAGACACAGCCCAUAAACAAUUUGAAGUUGCGAAAUAUGUUCUACCCAAGUUUACGGUGGAAAUUGAAACGGAUGAAGAAGUUGCAAUUUUAGAUAAAGUAUUGAAAAUUACAAUAAUCUCCAAAUACACCUAUGGCAAACCGGUGUGCGGCAAAGCAACGAUAACUGUUAACUUGCCGAACUUGUCGAAAAAAGUCCAAAAGACACUUGACAUAAAUGGUAGGGGUCAGGUUGAGUUCGAUUUAAUGGAAGAUUUGAAAUUAGAUCACUUUUAUGAUCAUUAUAUGCCCCAACUCAAUGUUGAAGCCACUAUGACUGAAGCCCUUACCGACUUUCAGCAGAGUACUACGGCCAACGUAAAUGUUAGACUUUCUCGUUUUAAAAUUACCGUGCCGAAUAUACUCAGCGAAUAUGAGGUAGGUAAACCAUUCGAAAUUAAGGCAAUAAUAAAACGGCUCAAUGGCUUACCAGUAACUAAUGCCAAAUCGACAGCAAAACUUUUGCUUAAUCGUCAUAGAGGCGCGUUUCAUAAAAGCGGUUUAAUUUUUGAAAGCUCUAUCAAUCAGUAUGGAAUUGCUGAAUUCCAAUUGAAAUUUUCCAAAGCAAUCGAAUUUGGUAGCGUGAGAGUUAUGUACGAAGAAGAAAUGUAUGACUGUUCGGAAUUUAUAGUGGUAGAUGAAAUUGGAAAAAUGCCCACUACUACUGGAUUAUAUUCGUAUUCGAAUAAACCAUUGAGAAUAUGUUCCACGACCAAAGAAUUUCAAAUAGGUGAAGAUUUUACACUCGACGUGGUAUCGCAAAAACCAUUAUCCUAUUUGGUCUAUACAAUAAAGGCACGUGGAAAAAUUAUCCAGAAUAAAUAUAUUCAUAUCGAUGAACAAAAUCAACAUCGAUAUAAACUGCAAUUGAAAGCAACAUUCGACAUGAUUCCAAAGGCCGAUGUAUUUAUCUAUUCCAUUGAUGAUGGUAAAUUUUGUUGCGAUGAGACCACUAUAAAUAUUUGUAAUGAAUUCGAAAAUAAGCUUGAAAUUAGCGCACCCGAACAGGCUAAAGCAAGUGAUGUCGUCAAUUUGGCAAUCAAAAGUGAUACUGACUCAUUUAUUGGUCUUCUGGCUGUUGAUCAGAGUGUUUUGUUGCUGCAGUCCGGCAAUGAUUUCGAUAAAGAUGCAAUUUUUAAUGGUUUAAAUUGCAAUGAAAGGCAAUUACAUGGAUUUAAUUCUCCAGGAUGGAAAUCUUGUUUUGUUACAAUGACAAACGCUUCAUCUCCAGUUGUCCAACCUCAGUAUAGAUGCUUUGCCCAGCCGGCAGGUAUGUUGUUUGGAGGCCCACCUGUACCAGGCGUCUUUGCAGCAGCUCCGAUGGCUCUAGAUAGUUUACCAAUGGCUUCUGCAGCAUUCGGUGCUAGAAACACUUUUGUUCAACCGCCAAAAAUAAGAAAAAAUUUUGUCGAAACAUGGAUAUUUGACAAUAUUGAAAGCACGGAUUCUAAUGGCAUAGCAUCCUUGAGCAAAAAGAUUCCCGAUACUAUAACAUCAUGGAUUAUUACGGGAUUUUCAAUCAACGAUAAAACCGGAUUUUGUUUAACUGAUGCUGCAACCAAAAUUCGUGUUUUCCAACCAUUCUUCUUAAGCACCAAUCUCCCGUAUUCCAUUAAACGUGGAGAAAUCAUUACUGUACCCGUAACAGUAUUCAAUUAUAUGGACCAUGAUUUGGAAACAGUGGUCACAAUGGAUAAUGAAGAUAAUGAUUAUGAAUUUGUAGACGACACCUCCGAAGGCAAUGAACUAACUAAAAAAGUUUGCGUUCCUUCCAACGGGGCCGAAACGUUGUCAUUUACAAUUAAACCCAAAAUUGUCGGUGACAUAAUGUUAAAAAUCAAAGCUUUAACUCCUCUGGCCGGUGAUGCUAUGCAUCAGAAAUUAAAGGUAGAGCCGGAAGGUGUAACCAAAUACGAAAAUGAAUGUCAUUUUAUUAGCGUACCAAAGGGUCUCACUGUAGAAUACAAUUUGAAAGCUAAUAUUCCCAAAGAUGUGGUCAUAGAUUCGGAAUAUUUGGAAUUUAUGGUAGUUGGAGAUAUUUUGGGUCCCACCAUUAAGAAUAUCGAUAAAUUGGUACGCAUGCCAUACGGUUGUGGCGAACAGAAUAUGAUUAAUUUUGUACCGAAUAUUUUGGUAUUGGAAUAUUUGAAUGCCAUUGGCCGUGAUAUGCCAUUGUUGGCUCAGAAAGCCAAGAAUUUCAUGGAGGCAGGAUUUCAAAGGGAAUUAACAUAUAAACACAAAAAUGGCGCAUACAGUGCAUUCGGUGAGGGUUCCAGUGAGCCGAAUAGCUGGCUAACCGCCUAUGUGGUGCGUUCGUUUAUGCAGGCGCGCAAAUUUAUAACAAUCGAUAAUAGAAUUAUUGAAGAUGCCUUGGAAUAUUUGGUGAAAACCCAAAAAGACAAUGGGCAAUUUCCUCAGACAGGGCAGCUAUUUCAUUCAUCAAAUCAGAAUGAGUUGGCAGUAUCUGCCUUUAUUUUAUUGGCAUUCCUGGAAGAUAAGGAUUAUGCCAUGAAGUAUAAAUUGCAAAUUGACAAGGCAAUACAAUAUCUGGCCGAGCACGCUGAAAAUGAAGAUAACAUUUAUACCUUGGCUCUGCUGUUAUUGGUAUUCCAAAAAGUCCAACAUUCGCUGACAACAAAUAUUAAAGAUACAAUUCAAUCUAAAUCGCAAUAUGGUAAUAACCUAAAAUGGUGGUCGAAUUCAUUGAAAUAUAAUAACAACAAUGACAUCGAAGUGACCGCAUAUAUUUUGCAAUCCCUGUUGGAGACUGAAGAACCGGCUAAAUUAUUGCCCAUUAUCAAAUGGCUAAUUGGGCAACGUAAUAAUUUGGGCGGUUUCAAUUCGACACAGGAUACCGUUGUAGGACUCAAAGCUUUGGUGGCAUUUGCAGAAAAAUACAAAACAGCCGGUAAUGGUCAAGUUACAAUUAAAUUUCAAGGUUUUGAUGCAGAAGACAACGAGACCACAUCUGGCAAUUUCCAGGUGGACAGAGACAAUUGUUUGACACUGCAAAGUCAUUUGCUGCCCAAGUCAACACGUAAAAUUCAUAUAACUGGCGAAGGUGAUGAUGGUUCGGCAUUAAUACAAUUAUCCUAUCAAUAUAAUGUACAUAAUGAAGAGUGCAAACCCAGUUUUAUAAUUCAACACACAAUGAAAUCAUCUGCGAUGCCGCCAAAUAUGCUAUCAAUGAAUGUUGUUGCUGAAUACAAACCCCAAUCCGAUGACAAGGAUGAUCCUAAACAAUGUUCCAAUAUGAUUGUUAUGGAAAUUGCUUUACCAUCGGGAUAUGUUUGUUAUAAUCACAACAUGGAGUCAAUUCGUAAACUUGCCCAAGUACAACGUGUUGAAACCAAAAAUGAUGACACUAUUAUUGUUAUAUAUUUUGAAAAAUUACAUUCCGGAGAACCCGUUUUAAUUGAUAUUUUAGCUGAUAAAUCUCAUGAUGUGGGCAAAUUAAAGCCAGUGCCCAUUACAAUUUAUGAUUAUUAUAAUGCCGAUCAGCGGACAACUGUAUACUAUGAUGUAAAUAAAUAA